AAGAGGAAGUCUCGCGAGACUUAGCGGCGCCGGCUCUACUAGCCACAUUUCAUAGCAAUUAUCCGUAUUUAUAGUCAUUUUUGAGUGAAUAAGAUAAAUACAUAUAUUUAUAAAUGUAAACCUCUAAUAUGACGCUAUGGGCAUUAAAAUACAAUACGUCAUUCUGUUUCUAUAACGUAGAAGAGAUACUACCUGGUUGUUAGCUGCUAAACGCUAACUAGCCUCGCCUGGGAAAACGUGACAUUUGAGUUUUUAGUCCCUGUAGGUGUGAAAGGAUGCAUUGUCACUAUGAAGUGCUGGGUGUGAAACGGGACGCAGGAGAUGAUGACCUGAAGAAAGCGUAUAGAAAAUUAGCCCUGAAAUGGCACCCAGAUAAAAACCUAGAGAAUGCCGAGGAGGCGGCGGAGCAGUUUAAGCUGAUUCAAGCAGCUUACGAUGUCCUCAGUGAUCCGCAGGAGAGAGCCUGGUAUGACAAUCACAGGGAGGCGCUGCUGAAAGGAGGCCUGAGUGGGGAUUAUGAAGACGACAGCAUCGACCUUCUGCAGUACUUCACGGUCACCUGCUACUCUGGAUACGGAGAUGAUGACAAGGGCUUUUACACAGUGUACAGGAAUCUUUUCGAGUCCAUUGUUAAGGAGGAGAUGGAGCACAGCAGGAUGGACAACGAGGAAGAGGAAGAGGAGUUUCCUCCCUUUGGAGACUCUCGGAGUGAUUACGAUACAGUCGUGCAUGAGUUUUACGCCCACUGGCAGAGCUUCUGCACACGCAAAAACUUUGCAUGGAAGGAGGAAUAUGACACGAGACAAGCCUCCAACCGCUGGGAGAAAAGGGCCAUGGAGAAGGAGAACAAGAAGACCAGAGAAAAGGGUCGCAGAGAGCGCAACGACCUCGUGCGACAACUGGUGGCUUUUGUCCGUAAGCGCGACCGCCGCGUGCAGGCCCACAGGAAGCUCGUGGAGGAGCAGAAUGCAGAGAAGAUCAAGAAGAUGGAGGAAAUGAGGCGGCAGCAGAAGCUCAAAAACGCAAAACUGGCAGAGGACUACAAGGAGCAGAGCUGGGCUGCCAUGUCUGAACUGGAGAAGGAGCUGCAGCAGAUCGAAGCUCAGUAUGGAGAGGAGUUUGGAGAUGCGUCUGAGAGCGAAGACGAGGAAGAGGUGGAAGUCGACUCGCAGGAGAAAAACAGCGAAGGGGGAGGAGACGCGGAGCAGCUCAACGGAGGCGACCUGACAACUGAGUGUUAUGAUGAUCUCUACUGCCCAGCUUGUGACAAAUCCUUUAAAUCAGAAAAGGCUAUGAAAAACCACGAGAAGUCCAAAAGGCACCGAGAGAUGGUGGUCUUGCUACGGCAACAACUGGAGGAAGAAGAGAACUCGCUCGGCUUGAAUGUGGAUGGAAAGGAGGACGGCGAGAAUGAAAAUGAGCUGGAGGAGGAAGAUGAUGAAGAGGAGGAGGAAGAAAGGCCAAGGCAAAAUUUUUCACUCGACUUCCUCAGGCUCUCGAAAAAACAAAAGCGGAAAAAGAAACAACAAAAAGUAGCACAACAAAGUGCUGCAGAGGAGAAGGAUGAGGAGAAACCUGCACAGGCCUCCUGUGAGGAAGAUCUUCCUGAAAAAUCAGAAAAACCGGCAGAGCCUGAGAAAAACGAGGAUUUCCCUUCUGUGGAGGUCAAAAGCAGCUCCGGAAAGACGACAGGAAAGAAAGGAGGAGGAAAAGAUAAACCGAAGAGCGCCAAGCCACACACUGAACAGAUUCCAGAGAAGGAGGCAAACCUUCGCUGCGUUACCUGUGACUUUGAGUUUCCCACCCGAAACAAGCUGUUUGACCACCUGAAGACCAGCGGUCACGCCACAGCGCUCUAUUCAAGCGCUUCUCACAGCUCCACGAGCAAAAACAAAAAAGAGAAGAAGAAGAACAGAUAACAAAACUUCGUCUAAGCCUGAAGAGUUGGACUCUGCAGGAAAAAGGGAAGCAUUGCUUUGAGGAUUCCUGCAGGAGAGGGAUUUUUUUAACAGACUGAAAUGUGUAAAAAGAGCAGCUCUUCAGCUCUUUUCUGUGGAAUAAAUGAUCAACCAAGUGAAAGGAUUAUCCCUUUUGUCAUACAUGUGAUAGUUUAUUUUUAUUACUAUAAUAAAAAUAAGCCAUCACACUGAUAUUUAUGGUAUCUAUACAACCUUGGAGCCAUGUCCUUGGAUGAUGAGAGCCAUCCAACAAAGAUGGCUUAAGUUAUUUCGGUGUGUCUGUAGGAAACCCUCUGCUCCUAUAUUAUGUUUUUAUUGUUGAAACAGUAACCAUGGAAAUGAUGGAACUUGUUGAGUCAUGAGCUGUUUGUCAAACCCAAAGUGAGCCGAUGUGUUCGGUGUGGUGUGACUGCAAAACUCGUUCAUUCAGAAAUGCUAUCCUCGUCUUAACAUUGAUUGUUCGGUGUGCUGAGUGACUGAGUCACUGUAGAAGAAUAAAUGAAGAUUUUAUAAAAUUCAGAA